AUGCAAUUUACACUUAACGACGUCCAGAACAAACCCACUGCAAUUGGCAAAGCCGUCACAGCAAUUAAGGCGCAGCUUAAAGACCUUAGAGGGAGGUUGAAAGAUAAAAGCGGUAAUAAAGAAAAUGAUGUCAUCCACAGACUUGAAGAUUUGAAAAGGAAUGGUCUUAGUGGAAAUCCUUGGAAUGGUAUGAAUGUCAAAGGUCAACCUCUCAGCGGUCUCGGUAAAAUCCACAAGGAACUUGAAGAGCAGAAUAAGGAAUUGGCCAAACAACCUGAUAUAAUCACUAAUGCCAUAAGAGAAAUCAGGGACCAACUGUUUCAGAUAGGAAUAAAUUUAGACCAUAAAGACUUCAAUGACGACGUCAUAGGUGUGUUUACAGAGUUGGGAAAAAUGAUAGGCAGAAGUCACAAAGGAUAUCAUGCCAAUCUUGAAGACAUUCAUUACAUGCUUCAUUGGUUACAAGGCAAUGAAUUUACAUCGAAUUCCGACGCAAUUGGUAAAGCCAACGAAGCAAUUAAAGCAGAACUCACUGACCUUCAAGGUGAGUUGCAAGGCAACAAUGGCAGUGAUGUCAUUGCAACACUGAAGGAUUUGCAGACCAAUGGACUAAGUGGCGAAAAAGGAUGGAAUAAACAUAAUACCCAAAAAAGCCUCAAAAGCAUCGAAAAUAACCUUCACACUCAACAAAGUGACUUGUCCGCUCAACCCAAGAACAUAGAGGAUGGCGUCCAAGAUAUCACCGGUGAGCUUGACAGCCUCAGACAGAAGCUGAAAGAUGAGGUCAAUAAAAAGUUAGAUGACUUGAAAAACCAUGGCCUUACUGACGGUAAAAAAACGUGGAGCGACAAUGGCUUUAAUAAAGGCCUCACUAAAAUCACCGCAGACGUCGAGACCAUAAAAGAAGAUAACGUUAAAGACGUGAAGGACAAACUCAAGGAGCUGUGCACGGCGAUCCGGACGGAAGCAAACGAGUUAAAGAGGGACUUAAAGCGUAUGAAAAGUGACAGCCUUACUGAGCUGAGGAAAAUUUACAGUGACCUUUACGAUUUAUACUUUGGCCCGCUGAACAAUGUCAUUCAAUCACUCAAGAAGUUUGAUAAAUACGCCGACGAGGCAGCUAGAAGAAUUAUUGCAGAACUCACACAAUUCGUCAAAAAAGAGAUCAAGGCAGCCGAAGAGACAUUGAUCGGGGAGGCACGCCGGCAAUGUGUCUCCAACAUCAAGGAGGCGCUGAAGGCCUUCGCUUCCAAGGUGGAGGAAGAAUUAACUCCCUUACCCCCGUUAAUAAACGAGGAUCUCCAGAUAGGGUAUAAGGGGUUCAUGUAUGAUUUCCAGCAACGCUUCGAGUCUCACAUCCUCCCUCAGAAGGGUACGCUGCAACUCGGCGCCCUGUCCACAGGCUUCAAGCGGUUCCACCUGGCGCUCUCCGGAUACAUCAGCACAGAGAUCAAGAGGGUGCACAGCGAGGAGAGUAAAAAGAAGAAUCCGUCACUCCCACCGACAGAUGAUCACUACGCCGAGAGGCUUUACGGCGUCACCCAGGCGCUCGAGGAGUUGCUGGAACAUAUCACUAAGCAGAAACGUUUCGACCGAAGAUUACCUGAAAUGCUCGAUAAACUCGCCGAGGCAGUCGAAGCGCUGCGACCGGAGAAAUUCGCCAAAGUCACAACUCCGAUACUCGACGGCGUGGCGGAGGCAGCGGACAAGUUUGAGAAGGAACUGAGAACAGUGUACAUCUCCACAUACGACGGGGCGUUUGAGGGCCGCGUGCUCGUCGACGCGCGGAACAGCAGGGUGACGGCGGACGGCGAAAAAUGCGCGAAGAUAUUCCUGACGAUUUUGCCCACUGUAUGCUCUGGGAUCACGAAGCUCAACGAGGGGCUGACGGGGCGGGCACAAAAUUGGUGGGACUACAGAAUUCAUUCAGGCAGUAAACUCGGCGAUUUCCUUGCCAGCCGCGGAUUCAAAGUGUCCACCGACGAAGGCCAAAACGACGCGGAGCUGCAGAACUCCGACGACAUGAAGGGUAAGAACGUCCAUGAAUUGCUCACUGAGAUGGUGCAGCACGCCGACCAAAAUGGACACCUCGGAAAAUGCUCCGCCGUUAAGCGAAAUGAACAGAAUAAUUAUAAUCUCUUUGACAUCCUUGCGUGCCUCUGUUGUCACCUAAAUGAAUACUAUGGGACGUGUCAUCUCGUAGUUCCACCGUCGCCUAGGACGCCGUGCAGCGUCUACCAAAUGCUCGUAUGGCUGACAGGCCUCCCGCACAAUAGGGUGUAUGAGCGCCUUAAGCAACAGGUUAAAUCCGUGCUCAACAACGCCGACGAUUAUUCCACAGAUACCAAAUGGUACAUGGCCGCGCAGCCCAACGCAGUCACCGCCACAAAUCUGGCCGCCGCCCUUCACGAUGUCACCUCCUACUCCCCUGCCCUGCUCACCAGGGUGCUCGGCUUUGGUGACGCAUCCACAACCUACGCCGUUGACUUCUAUAGCAACUCCAUGAGACUGCAUUACCCGCAGGACGCCGACGAUUGCCUGCACAUGAUGCUGCAUAUCCUCUGUCGAUUGCUUGUCGUGCUCAGAUUUCUGUUCUCUCAAUGCUCACUCCCCGCUCACCAUGGCGGCUGGGCGGAGUGCCAGUACGGCAAGGGCGUUCCACCAUACACGUGGCAGUGCAAUCCUCCACUCACCGCCCUGCCCAACCCUCACCCGGAGUGCUCCGAUAAAUCGCCCCUGAUGUCCUACCUCAAUGACUGCCUCCCCGGCCACCUGCCUCACCAGGUCAGCAACGUCGGCUGUGAGCCUCAAUGCAACACGUGUCCCAGCAGACCAAAUGGGAUGCCCUGUCUCACUCCCCUCGGGUUCCGGGGUUUCUCUGGAAGUACGAGGACAGGCAAGGAGCUGUGCAAAGUGCUGACCAAAUGGUUCGGCAACGAGCAUAUCAAAUCGCUGCUCAGCCUCUGUCCCAGACCGCCGGCUACGCUGGCUGAGCACAUUUCCUUUGCCUCGUCUCUCGUUGGUGGUUGGCAACACAGUGCUCUGCCGUCAGCCAUCGACGCCUUUCAAUCUGCGUUCACGGACUCCAUCACCGGCCAGUCCAUGACCCUCUACCGCGAGCCCGGCAUCCUUACAGACGCUCUGCGUGAUGCUUACGGCAACGGUCGGAGCGGUCAUGACGAUCCACAUUCCACCGCCAAGAAUGCCGACCUGUCCAGCCUGUCGAUGGCAGACUGCUGCACGCUUUCCAACGACGCCAGCAUCAACUGCGCUCCCUACCUGAAUGCCCUGUGCAGCGAUGCGUAUCAUUGCUUACCUCACCGACACGCCGACCUCUACCUCUCAUGGGCCGUCUACCUCCCGUGGACACUGUAUGAUCUGUUGCAGUGCCUAUUCACCGCUUUCCAGCAGAUCUCCUGCCGCGACUGGGGCUGCGAUGCUUGCCUUCACGAGGACCCUUGUGACCCGGGCAGCCACGGCGUCCCCAGUUCCCAGUCACCGGGGCACAGCUGCCGAUGCCGCUCCAUCGUCGGCUGCAAGGGCGUGAUGCCGACCUUGUACAGUCACGGCUUCACCUUUGGGGACGCACCGGCGCUGAUAUCGCAGAACAAGAAUUGUUCCACCCUCGCCAAGCAGUUUAGCCAAGUCCUCCACUCCGACCACUUCACGGAACUGUUCGACCAGUGUGACCAGUUCCUCUACCGCAUCCGUGCCCCCUUCCUCUUCGCCAUCGUCGCACUCUGGCUCACCGCCACGCUCUACAUCCUCCACUCACUCCUCUACCGCAUGGACGUCCUCCGCAUCCGCUCCCACCUCCUCACCACCAGGGCCUCCCACCUCAUCGACGUCAAGGCGCUGCUCGCAGGCAGCCGCAGGAUGCUCUCACUCUACAAGGACCCGACUGCCGUCGUUCCAGGUCUCGCGGUGGAUCAUGGUGGACCUAAGGGGGCAGUGAUUUGCUAUCACAUUGGUGCAAUUGACACCCCUAAUAACAUUCUUCUCCAACAAGUUACCAAGCUAGGUACCUGGAUCACCUCGGCGGAGGACAUCCGUCAGGCUGCCGAGGACAAGGCCAAGGAGGCGUAUGAGAAGUUGGACGUUAAUGAGACUCUGGAUGAGAAUGUUAAGAAGAUUGUUGACGCCAAUAAGGUAAUUAAAGGGGUACAUGAGAAGCUGAAUGGUGUCCACGGCAAUUUGGGAGCGUGGAAGACUCAGGCCGGGAAAGUGCUUCAAGGGGCGAUUGGAAAUGCGGAAGAAGUAUAUAACAAGUUGCAAGAUGAUCAGACUGUAAUGACAAAAAUUGGUGAAAUUGAUAGCGCUAGAAAGCAAAUUGAGAAGGCAAAUUCAGAGCUUGGAAAGGAAGUUGACAAUAUAGGUAAGUGGAAGUCUGCCGCCCAGGGUGUCAUUGCCAAGGCGGAGCAGAAGUGUGAUGAGAUACUUACGAAAGUAAAGACAGAUGGCACAGCAGAAGGUAAGAUUUAUGAGCAAGCUGAUUUAUUAAAAGAGCAGAGUAAAAAGCUUUUAAGUGCGGCGCAGAAAGCUAAGCAGGCGGUUGGGGAUAAUGUCAACUUGGCGUUGGAGGCUGUUGUGAAAAUGGACGAAGAUCUCAAGAGGGAUUUGAAGAGUGUUAAAGAUAAUAUUAAGGAAGGGAUAAAAGAGGUGAUUGAGAAGUUGGGAGUGAAGACUUUGGAUGAUAAAGUGAAGACGGAUUUGCAGAGUUUGAAGGGGAAUAUUAGUGAUCUCGGCAAAGGUCUGCCAGACGAUUCCCAGAAUGCUCUUGUUAAAGAUAAGUUGGAGACACUUAAGCAGGCGAAGAGUAGGCUGGAUAGUGUCACUGUUACCGGUGAUAAGUCAAUCGUGACGCUGACGGCGGGACUUGACAGUAAUUUUAAAAGUGCGAUCCAAGAGCCACUUAAGAGGUUGACCGGUGAUGUUGACUCGGCGAUUGAGAGGCUUUACACAAAGUUUGAUCCAAGCGGGCAAAUACAGAGUGAAGCAAAUAAACUGGAAAAGAUUUUCGAGAAGAUAAAGGGAGAGGUCAAUAAAAUCCUGAACGGUGAGCCAGCAGGAAGAGGCCUGCAAGGCAUCGCAGAAGGUUUGAUUAAAAGCUACGCCAAGGGGUUUGUGAAUUUUCAUACUAUAGUAGGCGGCUGGGCGGAAGGAAUUUUGGGAAAUAAUAAGGGAGAUGAUCCGAAGCCGCCCAAAACAUGGCUUGGACAGUAUAUUGAAGAAAGAAAGAAUAGUAGAAGUAGGAGCGGCGUGACGGUGAGGGGUAGUUUUUCCGAGCUUUAUCAAGUGCGUGAGGGAAUUAUCAACCAGAUUGGAAAAACGCUUGAAGGUGAAAUUGCAGCAGGUAAGGGGACGGUUAAAAUAGCUAACGCCAACAUCCAGAAAACCAUUGAAUCUGUGAAACAAGGCUGUGAGACAUUUGCCGAGAAGCUUGAUCAGAAACUCAGGGAUUCAGGAAUCGGUAAUCUUGCCAACCAGAUUUUCCAGGGGAUGAGGAGUAGUGUUAACAACGGCAAGGACACAGAAAUUCAAUCCACCAUCGAAGCCACGCUCCUUGGUCUCUCCGCCACCACCAGCCAGGUGGCUAACGAAAUUGACUCUAUCCUACUCGACAAGAGGGUGGGAAAUUACGGAGAGAACUCAACAAGCAUCGCACAAGAAUUAGAUAGCGUUCUCGGAUAUACUAAUAAACUUCACAAUCAACUUACUCAGGCGACAAACAAUUUCCCUUCCAAUCAAGAUGGCACAGCAAAGGCCGUUGACAAAAGAUUGCAGGCGGUGAGGGAAUUCAUGAAUGGAAGUGGUGAUAAUAUUAGUAGCAUCUUCACUUCCAAAGUCAAACAACCACUUGCCGAUGCGGUCUCCCAACUUCCCGGCGCCGUUGACGAUUUCAACCAACAAGCUCAAGCACAGAUCAAGAAGGCGGCCAGGACGGCGAUUGGGAAGGCGGCUGAGCAGAUUAGUAACGGUGGUACAAUUGAGCUUAAAGAAGAUGGUCUCAUGUCUAAUUUCAAGAAAUCCCAUGAUAAGAUAAAUCGGGAGCUCCAGAGUAACCUCUACAGUAAAGUCGACGAACAGUUACCUAAGGCCGAUGAUCCAAAUGUAGACACUCAUGUAAAACUUCAAGGCGCUUCAAACUUUAAUAGUUAUAAUGGUCACGUUGAUCAAAAAGAGAUUGAGGACGGUAAGUUAACCGGCAUUAAAGACGAAGGCCAACUUCCACUGGCGAUCGGGGACAUCAAAAAGGAGGGUCUGAAAACGCUUAUAGAUACUAUUGGUGACGGUCAGCCAAAUAAAAUUGAUAACAAUACCUUCACCGGUCCGUUCACCGAUAUUAAGACACAGCUUGACGAGAUCAAGAAAUUGGUUGAGAAUAAGGAUGCGCAGCCACCGGGCAAGGACGCUGAUGGUGUAAGAGAUUUGUUGGAAAAGCUUAAAAGCGCGCUUGAUUCAGGAAAGCUGGAGGGAGCUGAGAAAGGUUUGGAAGCAAUCAGAGAUGCGAUUCAAAAGCUGCAUGAUAAUCAGUUUACUAACCAACCAGCUGCAAUCGAGAAAGCCGUCACCCAAAUUAAGGCGCAGCUCAAAGAUCUUAGAGAGAAGUUGAAGAAUGGCAGUAAAAAAGAUGAUGUAAUUGAAAGGUUAACAGAUUUGAGAGAUGUCGGUGUGGAAGGUAAAAAUCCAUGGUCGUUUAACGGAAAGUGGAAUGAUACGUACAGUCUACGAAGCAUAGAGGCUGCGCUUAAAAACCGAAAUGUUGAUUUGGCGGAGCAGAACAAAAUUAUCGGAGACGCCAUAAACAUAGUUCAUAGCCUACUUGCACUUGUGAGAUACGAUGUGGAUAGUACAUUCAGCCCUGAUCACGUCGUGGGCAAUUUGAGGAUGUUGAAAUUUCAGAUCGGUAAGGAUACAAGCCAUGGACUGCAGGGAAUUCAUAAUGGGAUUAAGAAGCUUCAUGAAGAGGCGUUUAGAAGAAAUCCCAACGCAAUUGGUAAAGCGAAUGACCUCAUUAAACAAGAACUUACUGCCCUUCGAACGGAGUUGCAAGGCACCAAGGACAACGAUGUCAUUACCACUUUGCAAAAUUUGAAGGACACUGGACUAGGUGGUGAUAAGUGGGUUAAAAAUACAAAUGGAGAAAAUAAAAGUCUUAAAAACAUCCAAGAUGAUUUUCAUGGUCAACAAACUACGUUAGGACAACAACCUGAAAAUAUCCGCCAGGGCGUCCAAGACAUCACCAAUGAGCUUAAAAGGCUUCAGACGCAGUUGAAUGAACAGGUCACCGAAAAGCUAACUAAGUUAAAAAGUGACGGCCUUGGCAAUGUAGCAAGUUGGAAUAUUGACAGUAACUCUGCAAAAGGCCUCACUAAAAUCACCACGGACAUCGAGACCAUAAAAGAAGAUAACGUUAAAGACGUGAAGGACAAACUCAAGGAGCUGUGCACGGCGAUUAAGAACUCCGCCAGAGACGCCGCGUUCACCUUGAAGGAAGUGAAAGAGAAGAUGGUUGAUGAUGAGUUAACUGGGAUAAAAGACCAAUUGCACAACCUGCAGAUCCGUCUGGAGCGCGGCCCAAUUCAGGCCUGCAGGGAGUUCAUUGACAGGGACGCCGACAGGUUCGGAAGGGAAUGCAUUGCUUUCCUCACAGCGUUCGUCAACGGCCAAGUAACCACCGCAAUCGAGGACCUAACAGCCUUCGCCAAGCAGCAGUGCGCCUCCAACAUCAAGGAGGCGCUGGAGGCCUUCGCCCGGAAGGUGGAAGAGGAGCUGCGGGAGUUGCCUCCGUUAAUAAACGGGGAUCUGCAGAUGGGGUAUAAAGGGUUUAUGAAACAGGUUGAAGGGAAGCCGGAGACUCAAGUUGCAGGUGCACAAGGGGAAUUUGAGAAGUUCGAAGAGUUUGUGAGGACUUUGCCAUCUGAGUCGAAGGAGAGAGUGUUCAAAAAAUUGGCCGCAGUGUUCAUGCACUUUUACGGUGAGCUCAAGGCGUACGUCCACAAAGAGAUCAGGAGAGAGCACAAGGAGGAAGGCAAGAAGAAAAACCCUGUGCCCCAAGAACCCGAAGCGCUCUACACAGACAAACUUGUAAGAGUCACAUUGUCAUUUAAUGCGUUGCUUGAAUACAUUAGAACUGAGGAUACCUUCGACCACAGACUCCAAGCGCUGCUCCGCAGCCUCACCGACGCGCUGAGUGAACUCAAGCCUGAGAGCUUCGCCAGGCCCUCGAGUCCCCUGCUGGACGGCCUGGUGGAGGGGCUCACAAAGUUCGCCGCCGAGUUCACAUGUGCGUACGUCUCAAGAUACGCCGGCGCACAGUUCACCGCUGCUUUGGUAGAAAAUGAGACUUUAACUGAGACCGUAAGAUCCCAAGGCACAAAGUCCGUCACCGCCAAAAACGUUACCAAGCUGACGCCAUACGGCGCCAUGUGCGCCAAGGUCUUUCUCACCCUGCUGCCCACACUGUGCGACGCCUUCAACAGGCUGGCGGAGCAGUGCGGCAAAGGCGGCAAGUGGAGGGACUGCAAGAUAAAUUCAAGCAGUAAACUCGGCACAUUCCUCCAGCGCUGCGGCUACAAGGUCUCCGCCUCUCCCACCCUACAGGACGGCGAUCUGCGCGACGAUUGCAACGGCCGCGACGUGUUUGUCCUGGUCAGCCAGCGAAUUACGGAGACAGAGAACAACGCACACCUCAAAGAAUGCCUCUCCCUCCAACACGCCUGUAAUCUCUUAGAGCUCCUCAAAUGCCUCUGCACGCACCUCCACCAGUAUUAUAAGACGUGCCACCUCAAGGUGCAUCCCUCACCCCGGCCGCCGUGUUCCAUCUACGAGAUGCUUCAAUGGUGCUGCGGGCUCCCGCACAACGCCGUGUACCUGAGCGUCACUCAUGAUGCCCUGCCGUCACUGUUCGAGGCGCCGGAUGAGCCGGACUCUACUGACUCCGAAGUGUCCCUCACUGACCUCAGCAGCCUGGCGCUUGUGGCCCACCCGGAGAGCAUAACAGCGGCGUCCCUCACCGACGCACUCACGGAGGUCUGCCACCGGUCGCAUUCAGUGCUCACCACGUUACUAGGCUACGGCCAUGCCGGAGGCAUCUACGCCUGCGACUUCAACACCAACCCGGCAGGCCUGCUCUACCCCGGCGACGCGGACGCUUUGCUCUGCCUGCUGUACGAUGUGCUCAAACGCCUCCACCACCAGCUGUAUCUCCUCUACCGCCGGUGCCUCUACAACACCCGGCACGGCGGAUGGCUCGACUGCUGGUACGGCCGCGGCGUCGGUGGCUCCAGUUGGAAGUGCAACACCAUGCAGUGUGCCACCCAAAUGUGUGCCCAACAGUGCAACCAAACACACAACCAAAUAUGUAACCAAAUGACCAACCAAAUAUGCAACCAAAGCUGUGACCAACAUCCCAAGUGCGGCGUCAAGUCGCCGCUCCAGUCGUUCCUCGAGGACGGCCUGGUGGGCUUUUUGCCUCACCAGCUGUCGCCCAUGGACACCUGUGUCUCAUGCCCCGCCUGCGACACUACGUCGCCCGGCCUGCCGUGCAAGACGCCCAUGGGCCUCUCCAACAUUACCAGGCUGGCCUCCCGUGCCUCCCAAGGCCGACGCAUCAUGGACGUCCUCGGCGCCUUCUGCGGCGGCGCAUCGUCGCCCCUCACCAGGCUGUGCGGCUCCCUGACUUGCCUCCUCACUCGCCCGCCACGGACGCCAGACGACCUGUUCGCCUUUUACUACAAUUUCCUAUGUGAGUGGCAUAAUUACGGCGAACACCGUAAGGCGGCCUUCGAGGACGCCGUCGGCGACGCGUGCUUCCGGCAGCGGGGCGUCACACUGGACGUCAGUACAAUCUUCGGCACCAGUGACCAUGGCACUGCCACAAAUAUGCCUCACCUCACCGGAGAUCUCCACUCCCUCGUCAAGUGCAACGGCAGUCCAGGCUCCGCUCCGUCACACCCCUGCGGCCCCUACCUCAAGCCCCUCGGCCACGACGUCCGCGCCACCUUCUCCAGGGAACACGCCCACCUCUACCUCUCCUGGGUGGUGUACCUCACGGAGAUUUUAUACGACUUCCUCUGUGCACUGCUCCAGGACUGCGAGCGCACCUGCGCCGACUCCUCAGCCACCUGCCACGCCAGGAGCUGCGACAACCAAUGCCAAGCCAAGCGACGGCCACUGGCCCCGAGCUCCAAUCACACUGCCGACUGCCCCUCCAUCGCGGACUGCGACUCCACCACGCCCACGCUCUUCCAGUACGGCUUCGUGCACAGGGAUUCCCACAGCCUCGCCGGCUCCACCAGCGGCCACCCCGCCAAGCGGACCUGCGAGGAUCUCUGCCAGGCACUGCAAGUCGCCGUCAAGCAGAUGAACCCUCUCCACAAGCUGGCGCACGACACCAUCCCCGAGUUCCUCUACCACAUCCGUGCCCCCUUCCUCUUCACCCUGUUCACACUCUGGCUCACCGCCACGCUCUACAUCGCCCACUCACUCCUCUACCGCAUGGACGUCCUCCGCAUCCGCUCCCACCUCCUCACCACCAGGGCCUCCCACCUCAUCGACGUCAAGGCGCUGCUCGCCGGCAGCCGCAGGAUGCUCUCGCUCUACCGUGACGUUGAUUACUUCGACGACGACCUUCACUCAUGA